AUGGGCAGCAAGCGAGCGGCUCUCUUCCUCCUCUGCCUCAUGGCCACAACCUGCGGAGGGGCGGAGCCCUCCUGCCCAGAAGCCCAGGUGGUGGAGCUGAAGGGCAGCAGCAAGCUGGCCAUCCUGAGGGGAUGUGCAGGGAUGCCUGGCUCUCCAGGGGCCCAGGGACCCCCUGGCUUUCCUGGGGCCAAAGAUGAGAAGGGCUUCGAUGCUUUCCAGUGCAAACGAGGGUUGGGGGUAUUGGGCCAAGCCCCUGGGGAAGGGAGUGCCCCCCUCUCCUGCCUCUCCUUCUGCCCAGGUGCCCGAAACUGCAAGGAACUCCUGGCCCAGGGGGUGGUCCUGAGCGGCUGGCACACCAUCUACCCCCAGGACUGCCGACCCCUGCGGGUGCUGUGCGACAUGCACACCGACGGAGGCGGAUGGAUCGUCUUCCAAAGGAGGUCGGAUGGCUCCGUGGAUUUUUUCCGGAACUGGGCUGACUACAAGAAGGGAUUUGGAAGCGAGCUGAAUGAAUUCUGGCUGGGGAACGACCACCUUCACCGCUUGACCUCGCUGGGAAAGAACGAGUUGCGUGUUGACUUCAUGGAUUUCGAAAGUAAACAUUCCUUCGCCAAAUACGGAUCCUUCCAGGUGGCAGCAGAAUCCGAUCAGUAUCGACUGACUCUGGGCAACUUCAUUAGCGGCCCUGCAGGCGACUCUCUAAAGAGGCACCACAACAUGCCCUUCUCCACCCGAGACAAGCAGCAGGACCCCAAAAACCAGAAAUGCGUUGACAAAUACAAAGGGGGCUGGUGGUAUAAUGACUGCCAUGACGCCAACCUCAACGGGAUUUAUUAUCUGGGAAAACACAAUUCUUUUGCGGACGGCAUCAACUGGAGAACAGGGAAAGGCUACAACUACUCCUAUAAGCGCACAGAAAUGAAAUUCAGGCCGGUGGGUUAGUGGGUCUCUUCCUGAGGGGUUCCUAAGGGCAUCUAGUCCAU